UUUUUUCUCCGCGACGCGACACUCUGCAGCUUAGGACUUACUUCGCCAACAGCUGCAAUUCAUCUUUCUUGCUACCUGCUCCCUCCGUGCACCCAAAAUGCGGCUUUGGCGUCGGUCAUUCGUCACAUCCAUAGCGAGACUGAAUUCAAAGCCAGCCGCGACGACCUCCGGGCCUCCGCUUCUCCGGUGCGCGCAAGUCCUCGAUAAAAGCCGCACAGAGCCCAAUAGCUUGGAAGAUCAGGAGAUCAAGUUACAGGGAUAUAUCAGUCAUGUUCGCAAACACAAGCGCUUUUCCUUUAUAGAGUUCGGCGAUGGAUCGACGGUCAAUUCUCUGCAGGCUAUGGUGAGUACGGCACAGGCUGCUGGGCUAACUAAGGGAACAACGCUGGAAAUCACAGGAGUCUGGAAAGCAUGUCCCCCAGGCAAGUCCCAGACGCAUGAGCUGCAUGCAACAUCAGUAGACAUUAUAGGCGAAACGAACGCCGAGACCUUCCCUAUCCAAAAGAAAUACCAGAGCGUCGACUUUCUCCGCCAAAUCCCACAUCUCCGCAUGCGAAUCCCCUUCAACUCCCUUCUCUCACGGUUCCGAUCUGAAGUUCUAUAUCAGCUUGGCAGUGUAUUUCGAGAUGCUCCCAAUGGAGGAUUCGUGCAGGUGCAGCCACCUUUGAUCACAUCGUCGGACUGUGAAGGCGCAGGGGAGACGUUCACUGUCUUACCUCGGGAGGCGCUGGGAGCGUCCGCACUCCCAGUCGACGGCGAGCACUUCUUCCGCUCACCCAAGUACCUCACGGUCUCGUCGCAGCUACAUCUGGAGGCCUACGCGGCUGAGCUAGGCAAUGUCUGGACUCUGUCGCCCAGUUUCCGGGCCGAGCAAAGCGACACGCCGCGCCAUCUCAGCGAGUUCUACAUGUUGGAAGCGGAGGCGAAUUUCAUGCAUGAUCUGGACACUCUUACCGAUCUCGUCGAGCACCUGCUGCGCGACCUCACGCGCCGGCUCUACGGUACCACUGUCGCACAAGAAUUGAUCGCAUACAAGCGACCUGUAGAGGAAGGCAAGGAGGACGCCAGGCCUGAUCUUCUGCCCCGUUGGCGCGCCCUAAUGGACGGGCCCAAGUGGCGACGCAUGACUUACACUGAUGCGAUCGAGAAGCUUCAGGAGGCUGUGGCCACGGGCGGCGCCUUAUUCGAGUACCCGCCAACGUGGACGGGGGGGCUGCAGCUCGAACACGAGAAAUACAUCGUAGAUGUGCUCAACCACGGUCAGCCGGUCUUUGUAACCGACUACCCGAAGGCGAUCAAGCCGUUUUACAUGGCCCCGUCCAGGGAGAACAGCAGCAGCCGUCACGGCGGCGAAACUGUCGCGUGCUUUGACCUCCUCCUACCCGAGGUCAGCGAGGUCGCAGGAGGGUCUCUCCGCGAGCACCGCCUCCCCGAGAUCAUCCAGAACAUGCGUGACCACGGCCUAAUCAGGCAGGCAGCCGCAGCUGCAGCGACCACUGCCAAUGAAAACGGGACGAGCAAUGCCCCAACGGACGUCGACUCGUCAUCUUCCGCUGCCUACCCCCAUCUCCUUCCCGGGGAAGACCUGGGUCAUCUCCAAUGGUACGCUGACCUCCGACGCUGGGGCACGGCGCCGCACGGGGGAUUCGGAAUGGGCUUUGAUCGGUUCUUGAGCUACUUGGCCGGGGUGUCCAGCGUACGAGACGUGGUCGCGUUUCCUCGCUGGUUUGGUCGGGCGGAUUGUUAGCCGGUGUUUGUGCUUUCUCGUCCAAAGGGGGGAAAAGGAGCCGAACUAUGUAUAUCUAUGUAUACCAUUCACUCGCAGACAUGAAGAGGACAAAAGGCAAUCAACCGCCAGGAGUAUCUUCUUUUUCAGGCAAUCUCUCACUCACCUACUUACCUACCUACCUUCUUAUCAUGCACAGCCCAGUUG